GGAGGGGGGGAGAUUGAAAACAGAUCAGUCCGGGCUGAAACGAUGGGCUCAGAUCAUCUGACUCCACUCAGCGGCGAGGAGACUGAAGAGGACACGGAAUCCCAAACUUUUUUUACAAACUGCUCCCCUACACCUUCUGCGCCCCGGAUUCUCAGUAACCUCUGAGACGUGUGCGCCCCCUAAACUCUGGAGAGUGUGCGCCCCCCUCACUUCUCAACAUGGGCCCCCGAAAGUGAUACAGACCCCUUGUGCAUGGAUAUAACGUCAGUGUAACACAGGAGAGGACUCCGUUAUGGAGCAGCCCGAAAAUUCUUCCUGAGCGUUGUCAGACCCCCCUCCCAUCCCGCUUGAUUGGAACUGCCCAUACCCACAGAUUCUCCACUCUGGAAUAUGAGUCAAUGACAUGGAGAAUUCUGGACCAGUCAGCACAGCACACAAGAAGGAAGCCAAGAAUUCCAUUCUGGAUGGAAAUGGAUUCCCAGAUCCUGGAAAGAAAUUGGGAGGCCUGAGCACUUCACAAGCAGCAUCAGCUCCUCUCUUCCCUGCCUUCCACCCUCCCUUCCCAAUUGAAGUGCGCCACCAAGAGGGAAGAUACCAUUAUGACACACACAGCAUUCACACUCUCCAUGGCCCACCAACUUUCAGUGGCAGCCCUGUGAUUUCAGACAUCUCCUUAAUACGCCUCUCCCCUCACUCUUUGGGUACCACAGAGUUUGGCCAUGCCCACCACUAUGUCAGCCCCCACAUGGAGCAUUACCUGCGUUCUGUGCACAACAGCCCCACCCUAUCUAUGAUCUCUGCGGCCCGUGGACUCAGCCCAGCAGAAGUUGCCCAUGAGCACUUAAAAGAAAGGGGUAUCUUUGGUUUAGCACCUCCACCCCCUGGUACUACCCCUACAGAAUACUGCCACCAAAUGGCCUUCCUAGCAAGUCACGCAAGUCCAUACGGGGAGCUCCUGGUGCAGAGCGCAGCAGCUGGAAACACGUCACACCUUCACGAUUACCUUACCCCCAUGGAUGUAUCAAGAUUCUCCAGCCCCCGAGUUACACCGAGAUUAAGCCGAAAAAGGGCCCUUUCCAUCUCCCCUCUCUCCGAUGCCAGCAUUGACCUGCAGACCAUGAUCCGCACCUCCCCCAACUCACUGGUUGCCUAUAUCAACAACUCCAGGAGCAGCUCAGCUGCCAGUGGCUCCUACGGGCACCUUUCUGCAGGCGCAAUAAGCCCAGCGUUUAGUUUCCCCCAUCCCAUAAACCCUGUAGCCUAUCAGCAGCUCCUGAGCCAGCAGCGCAGCCUGAGUUCAUUUGGACACACCCCUUUGCUCCAUCCGUCGCCGACGUUUGCAUCCCGCCAACAGGGAGUACUCACAUCCGCCAAUCCAGCUCCUCCCAGCAACAACAACAACCCUGACUCCAUCCUGCAGAACAAAGUGAGCAGUGAGUCUACGGUGAGCAGUACAGUCAAUCAGGUGAUACACAAGCGCAACAAAGUGAAGACUGAAGAAGAGGUGCUUCAGCGCGACUCCCCCAGCCCUCCGGACCACCUGACCGACCUGAAGGAGGAUUUGGAUAAGGACGAGUGCAAACAGGAGCCCGACAUUAUAUACGAGACCAACUGCCACUGGGACGGCUGCAGCAAGGAGUUUGAUACCCAGGAUCAGCUCGUACAUCACAUCAAUAAUGACCAUAUCCAUGGGGAGAAAAAGGAGUUUGUGUGUCGCUGGCAAGAAUGCUCCAGGGAGCAGAAACCAUUCAAGGCACAGUACAUGCUGGUGGUUCAUAUGAGAAGGCAUACGGGGGAGAAACCACAUAAAUGCACCUUUGAAGGUUGUUUCAAGGCCUAUUCCAGGCUGGAGAAUCUGAAGACACACUUGCGUUCACACACCGGGGAGAAGCCGUACGUCUGUGAGCACGAGGGCUGCAAUAAGGCAUUUUCCAAUGCAUCUGAUCGAGCCAAACAUCAGAACAGAACCCAUUCCAAUGAGAAACCCUACAUCUGUAAGAUCCCAGGGUGCACAAAGCGUUACACGGACCCCAGCUCUCUCAGGAAACAUGUCAAAACUGUACAUGGACCCGAGGCCCAUGUGACCAAGAAGUACCGCAAUGACAUUAUCCAAAAACCUUCUGUACCCAAGGAGAAUGGGGACAAUGAAGCAAGUGCCAAACUGAGCAGUAGGGAGCAUUCCAGCAGCACCUAUAGAGACUCGGAGGACUGCUUGCAGGCCAGAACCAUCAAAACAGAAGAUAACAUGAUGCAUCAGUCCAGCCCUGGAGGGCAGUCGUCUUGCAGCAGUGAGCCUUCCCCAUAUAGCAACUAUAUUGACAGUGGAGUAGAUGUGAGCCUGCAUGGCGAGGGGAGCUUGGGAGACCUGCUUGGUUUGGAGGAGACCAAUCCAGUGGUAGACUCCACAGUGUCAUCUGCCAGCCCAGCGGUCGGCCUUCAACUCCGGAAACAUGGUGGAACCACAGUGCAGAGACUGGAACAGCUGAAGAAAGAGAAAUUAAAGACCAUGAAAGAGUCCUGCUCGUUUAUUAACCCACCUCCACCUGCCAGGAACACCCGGCUCCCAACCAUCACUGCAAAUGGUGUCAGUGCAAUAGGUGUUCCCAGCAGUGUGCUAUUCAACCCCAGGGCAACAGAACUUCCCAUGAAUGAUGUGACUUUGCUUAACCAACUGAACGAGCGUCGUGACAGCACCAGCAGCACCCUCAGCUCAGCAUACACCAGUCGCAGGUCCUCCGGCAUCUCUCCCUGCUUCUCCAGUCGACGCUCAAGUGAAACCUCACAGUUUGGAGGCCGCCUAAAUAAUUCCAGCUCUGCAGAUUCUUAUGAUCCCAUUUCUACUGAUGCCUCUAGGCGCUCUAGUGAGGCCAGCCAUCACAGUGGACUUCCUAAUCUUCUCAACCUCACUCCAGCUCAGCAGUACCGAUUAAAGGCCAAGUAUGCUGCAGCAACCGGUGGCCCACCACCCACUCCUCUUGCCAACAUGGAUAGGAUAAAUUUGAGAAAUAAGUUGUCCCUGAUGGACAGACCAGACUUUCCUUUGCAUGCUUUCCGACAGCUUCCUGUUCCAAGACGUUGCAGUGAUGGUGGUGGAAAUGCAGGACUAGCAGUGUACCCCCAUGAAAUUCCAGGGAAUAAUUCAAGACGAGCUAGUGACCCAGUCAGAAGAACUGGAGGUAUGGAUGGUCAAGGACUCCCAAGGGUUCAGCGAUUUCAUAGCAUGAAUAGUAUGAAUACAUUGCACCAUCCAUCCCUAUCGGAAAGGAGAAAUGGAGGCCUGCAGCACUACAAUCGCUCUGACGGAAGCCUUCACAGGCACGUCUAUUCUCCCCGACCACCCAGCAUCAAUGAAAAUGUCGCUAUGGAGGCCAUAUCUUGUGAUUUAGAUGUCCCUGGCGGAGACGAUGACCUCAUGCUCCCAGAUGAUGUUGUUCAGUACAUCAGAUCUCAGAACAGGGAGGCACCAAAGCAAAACCUACCAAUUGAGUACAACAGUCCAGCACGGAAUCUACAAAGCAGCAUAAAACCUUUCCAUCACAACACACCACACAGGGCUCCCGGGGCUUACUCAAGCAGGAAUUUUCCUGCUUUGGCUGAAUGCCUUGACCAGACUGCUAACAUGCAGGAUAACAGCAUGCCUGUUCAGUGGAAUGAAGUCAGCUCGGGUACUGUUGAUGUAAGUGACUUACCCAAGCAGCCAUUUGGUCCAGGCAACUUAGCGGUUGUUCAACAGAAACAGAAUUUUGCCCAGUAUCAGAACUUCAACCAAGCUCCUAUCCAUGGAGCUCAAAAUAUUAUGGGCCAGGGGCAAGAGUCUGUACAGAGGAAUAUCAGUGUUAAUGGACAGAGGUUUAAUUAUAUGCAACAAAGACAACAGCAGAUGAGCCAGUGCCAAAAUGUCACUUCUGAUUUCAGCCCCCAACAGAGGUACAGCCAGAGCCAGUCAAUGCUGAACACAAGAGCAAUGCAAGAAGGCCAAAACCUGAUUCCUCCAUCCUGUAAUAAUAUGGCAGAGAGGCCUGGGGUUCACACACACUCAGCUCCAAGUAAUACACUGAGUCAUCAGCACCUUGCUGUGCACGGAGCACCCACGCAGAUGUUCACAAAUAACUUCUCCGUUAACCAAGACGGACUCCACCCACCCAACGCCUACACAGUCCAGACUCAGAAAAAUGGAUUGGAGCCACAACAGAACACUCUUGGAAUGUCUGGGCAGGCGUUCAACCAUGGAAUGAUUCAGCCAAGACCCCCAGCUGCCCCACACCUCCCUAACAGACCCAGGAAUAUACACCCGGUACAUCACCCUCCUUACAUGAGGAGUCCGCACCCUGUGAGUGAACUGAGCCCAGGCCAACAAACAGCAGAGGCAACACCAAAGAGAACCAAUGAAGACACUGAUCCAAGUCCUAAAGACAAUAAUUUGCUUUAUUAUUCUGGACAAAUUCACAUGUACGAGCCAAAUGGAAACUUCAGUUCUGGCAUAGACUGCACAGCACAGCAACUCCCCACAAUGCCGUCUCCUGGGGCAAAUCAGGUCACAAGCACCGUAGACUCCCAAGGUCUUGAGCACCCCCCUGUUAUAGAUUUUGACACAAUGAUGGAUGAUGGGGAUCACUCGAGCCUUAUGUCAGGAACCUUGAGCCCUGGACUCCUGCAUAGCUUCUCCCAAACAUCAUCUCGCCUUACAACUCCCAGGAACUCCCUGACACUCCCUUCCAUCCCUGCUGGGAUAAGCAACAUGGCAAUAGGAGACAUGAGCUCUAUGCUCACAACAUUGGCGGAGGAAAGCAAGUUUCUCAAUCUGAUGUCCUAACGAAAAGCACAUGUGAUUGAACAUAUAGAAAGGGGUUCUGUGAAUCUCAGUAUCACUAUAUCAACACACAGACAUUAGGGCUGUAAAAUCCUCACAUUGCAUUGAACUGCCAAUUGCCCACAUUGUAAAUACUAUUCCUGGCCCAAAAUAAUAAUAUAAGCAAUAUCAAUAAAGAGAGUGUUUGAUACCCACAAA